AACGUGCCAACCGGAUGCGGAAGACCUGUUGUUAUGGUAACUGUACUAGUUUACCAUGGACGACUCCGCGUGCGGUUAGUGCAUAUUAUUAACGGGCACGUUAAUAUCUCAUUUACUUCAGAAUGGACGAGAGAUGUGCGGCAGAAAAUACUUAUAACAUCAGGCCAAAUUACCAGCACAAGUUUAAAGUCGGCUUGGUGAAGGAGUGUAUGCGGCAGGUCCUGAAGGAGGAGCUGUCCGGCCAGCGGUACACCGGAGACAGUGCGCCGCAGCUGUCCACCUCUGUGGCGGACUGCAUCCGGAAGAGACUCGAGGAUAUGGGGUUCGACCGCUAUAAGUUUGUGGUGCAAGUAGCAAUAGGGGAGCAGAGAGGACAGGGAAUCAAGAUGGGUGCUCGCUGCUUUUGGGAUGCAGACACUGACGGCUACGUCCAGGAACUCUACAUGAAUGACAGCCUUUUCUGUGUGGCUGCUGCUUUUGGAUGCUUCUAUUACUGAGGAGGGACCAGCUGCACAUUUGGGAGACAGACUGGCUCUCUGUAGGACAAAGACAGCAUAUUCUGUAUGGACUGAGUGGUCCAUGUUGAGAAAAUUAAAUUCGUAUGCAGAUUGGGCUUUUCUGACCCAGCCUGUGAACACCAUCAUUAGCUUUAAUAAUCUAGGGCAGUGUUUCCCAAUCCGGUCCUUGGGGACCCACAGCCGGUCCAUGUUUUUGCUCCCUCCCAGCUCCCUGCCAGACAGCCCAAAAACAUGGACUGUCUGGGGUCCCAGAGGACCGGGUUGGAAACACUGGUCUAAGGAGCAGUGCAAGUAGAACAGGGCCCAUGAAUUCUUUUGGACUUGUUGGGUUCAUGCCAAAUAUGGCACUUUGUCUGGUUUUGCCAGACUAGAACAUUCUGCACUAUGUAUAAAAGCUGCAAAUGUCAACAUUCAGUGAAACUUCCAUUAUUUAAAAAAUUAAUAGUUUUUUUCUUUGGGUAUAUAGAGGCCCAUAUAGAGUGAACCUAGAAAGAGAUUGUCCCCUGUUUAAUUUCCCAAUAAUUGAAAUAACACUAAUGAUAAAUAAUAAUACUGAAAAUGUACUGCAGAAAUUAUAAUCUUAGCUUUUCUGGGAAGUGAAUAAAAGACUAAAUAUCACCAUGUGUCACACUUUCAAAUCCCAAGAGAGGCUCUCGUGUUUUACCUGUGAACAUGGUACUUAAUGCAGUUUUCUUCAGUAAAAUAUUCAGUGGAUAUCUUGGAGAGUCUUAAUUAUCUUGUGAUCUAAAUUAAUGGUAUUGUUACACGUAAUUCCUUGCUUUGUAUCAUGUGAUAUUCCAUUUGAUAGUUGUAUCCCACUAAUAUUUUUGUUGUUCUCAUAUUGCCGAAUUUUAAACUUGGUCAGUUAAGUGAUCGUUUUAAACUUAGAAUUAAUGUGAAGUAAGGUUUUUAGAAUUAUGGCAUCUGUUUCUGCGAUUGUGUGGAGAAAUUGGAAAAAAGGUAACCCAUCAUAAUACUCAGUGCCUUCGAUAUGGAGGAGUAUGUUACACUUCCUAGCAGCCAGCAUGGAAAUUGCAGUUUUUUUUUUAAGUUUUUUAUUUUUUUGAAGUUCUGACCAUUUGCUGUAUGCAAGUUUUUGGGAAAAUAAAACAGAAGUAGGAGGUCUUAAGUGCAUAUUCUGUUUUUUUUGUUUAGAAGAAAAUGGCAGAAUAUAUUUUCUUUCCUAUUCCAGACUCUUUCCUGGAUAAUUAUGAACAAGAAGGCACGGUGGCCAAGGUUACUGUGUAAUUUAAGAAAAUAUGGUGUUUUAUUUUGUGCACUUGGUAGAAAAUAAGGUGGUGACAGUCUUCAUUUUUUCCUCAUCUGAUGCCCCGCUAUUUCACUUGUACCCCUCCCCUGAAAAGAUUCCACCCUGUUCGCAUUGAUUCACCUAAUAUUAAUUAUUUAAAAUAUGUUGGUAAUUUUGUUUUGUCCUAAAGUGAAACAUAUGUCUUUUUUUAUGUUUUGGGGUGGGGGGGAUUGUUUUAAGUGUGUCAAGACAUCUAAAAAUAUAUCUGAGCUGU